AUGUUAUGCAAGGAGGCCGAAUUUGGCGAUACUGAACUGCCAAUCGUAUCUUUAUGUCUGAUCGCCGAUAAAAGUCGAUGUCCAGCUAAUUUUACAGCCGUAAGUAUGACUUAAAAUUAUUAGCUUUGUAUUUUAGAUAACUAAAUGUUCAGACGAUGGGAGUGAAGCGGAUUUGUGGAGAGAUUCCUUCGGAUUCGGGAUUUUCAAUAGAGUCACGAGAUAUAUGGCUAUCUCAAGGAUCGCUCCGGAGAAUGUAAGGCUUGUUUUUGCGUUGGUUGUAUUGCAGAGGGGAACUUUUGAGCUUUACCAUCGGGAAAGGUAAUAGCAAUAAGAUUUUAUUUCAGACUCCCCACGAAGUUAUCACGGACAUGGCUAUCAUCACAGAAAAGGAGGCUGUGCCCACCAACUUUGUCUGUAUCGACUAUACUGCUGAUACAAGUACGUUCUAUCAUAUUAUUCACGAUUAUGAUUUUUAGAAGAAAGAGCAUUAAAGAAGAAGUUUAUUUGCGUUCGAUUUACACCCCGAAGUGAUGCGCUGGACGCGUUGACCGAUGUUAUUGUUCAAUCAAAGAAUCGGAAACCUCCAAAAGGGUAUACUUCAGCCGGGUAAGAAAAUCCAACGUGAUGGUAUCUUCUUGUUUAGGGAGGUAGAUGGGGCUCUGAUCUGUUUCCGGGUGCAAACUAUCCCCGAAUCGUAUGGUGUGAAGCAACGACAGCCACUACAACCGUGAGGAUUCGACUUUAAUUUUAGAAAAAAUGGGGAGACGUUCUCCAGAAUGGAAUGCAAUGUUGUUAUUGAAUGAAAUAUUGUUUUUAGGUCCCUCUAUCCAUCGCUUGACCCUACCCCCUUGCCUGCAGGUACUUCUAACCCAUUGCCGAACCUUGGAGUCUGUACAAUCAGAGCCGGACAACAUCCAAUCAAAGGCCUCGAGGGCAUAGAAUUCAAAUUGAAUCCUCGCCUCGUCUCUACCAAUGCUUCAGGCGCCAAGGAACCGGAUCCGGAGCUGCCCGAUUCCUAUAAUUUCACUUACAAUUUCAACUUGGAACGCUCUUGUUUGGCCUAG